CCGAACUGAAUAAAAAACACGGUGGGUCUCUCUCUGAUAGGGAGUGCCAUGGCCGUCGCGUGUUCAUAGUACUCUGCUACCGCCAAAGUCAGAGUCAAUUAUCUCACACGAGCUUGGAUCUGUCUUCCUCCUAGAACCUCUGCACGUUUUCUCGAGAAAAAUUUAAACCUCGAAGUAUUUCUCCGGAAAAAGGAUGUCGGACGCCUUGAUAAAUGGACUCGCCGGAGCCGGAGGAGGGAUCAUAGCUCAGCUCAUCACGUAUCCUCUCCAAACUGUCAAUACUCGUCAACAAACUGAGCGUGAUCUGAAGAAAGAGAGGAGGAAACUUGGAACAAUUGAGCAAAUGUGUCAGGUUCUUAGCUCAAUAGUUUUUUUUUUUUGGUUGCUGCCGUUGAGAGAUUUUAGAUUUCUAGGAACGUUUGUUUAUUUGAUUGAUCUGCAGGUUGUUAAAUAUGAGGGAUGGAGACGGUUGUACGGAGGCUUAAAGCCAUCUUUAGUUGGUACAGCUGCGUCUCAGGGUGUUUACUAUUAUUUCUAUCAAAUAUUCAGGAGUAGGGCUGAAGCUGCUGCACUACAACGAAGGAAAAAGGGGUUUGGUGAUGGAUCAGUUGGGAUGCUUUCAUCCCUUGUGGUGGCUGCUUUAGCUGGGUGCGUAAAUGUGCUGCUGACAAACCCCAUAUGGGUCAUCGUCACUCGCAUGCAGACGCAUAAAAGACUCCCAAACGAAGCUCAGGGACGUCACUUACCGAGUGUUUCAGAUGAUUUUGUGCCUGUUGCAGUUGAGUCUCCUCCAUUUCAAACUAACCAUGCAAUUCAAGAAGUCUAUGAUGAAGCUGGACUAUGGGGGUUUUGGAAAGGUGUAUUCCCAACAUUGAUCAUGGUCAGUAAUCCUUCAAUGCAAUUCAUGUUGUAUGAAACUAUGCUGAAGAAGCUGAAGAAAAGACGUGCCUUGCAUAAGAACAAUAGUAAUGAGGUCACUGCUUUGGAGAUUUUUCUUCUUGGAGCCCUAGCAAAACUUGGAGCUACGGUUGUAACAUAUCCUCUACUGGUUGUAAAGUCAAGGCUUCAAGCAAAACAAGUUACUACAGGAGACAAAAGGCAUCAUUACAAAGGUACGUUGGAUGCAAUCCUGAAGAUGAUCCACUAUGAAGGGCUAUAUGGGUUUUACAAAGGAAUGAGCACGAAAAUAGUGCAAAGUGUCCUCGCUGCAGCUGUUUUGUUCAUGAUCAAGGAAGAACUUGUUAAAGGUGCUCGGUUGUUGCUUACCAAGGAUGUUAUUAGACAAUGAGAUUGAAGCAUCCAUGAUUACCCGCCAAUUGUUUCCAUAAACAUAUUUAAGCAGAUGCCUGCGCUAAUUGGAUGGUACCGUCAAAUAAGAGGGAAUAAGUGAAUUUGAUUGUGAUAUAAGUUGAUCAGAUCCUAUCAUCCUAUUAACACUGGAAUCUGUAUUGGAUAGUUGCAGGACACUUUGCCAUUUGCUUCAAUAAAUUGUAUGUCGUUUUACAGGGUA